AUGGAAUACCAGACCAAACGUGGCGGUCGUGUUAUACUGAGCGACAUUCAAACGUAUCCAAAACAGGACGGCUGGACACCACUGGAGGCAAUGGCUAAAACUAUAUUAGUGGAAACGGGUAUAACUCAGGCUCUAAUCAAACAGAACGCAUUGGCCGAUAGAGUCAAGGAUUCCGAUUACAGCGGCUUUUUGUUUAACUUUUUGAGAGAGCAGAUUCGCGAUGUUAAGGAAUUGAGUGAUCACGUGACACGAUUGAAGCGAAAUGUCGCUGAAAGCCAAAUACGACAGAAUCUGCACCCGGAAAUUGAGUUCGCUAUCAAUAAUAUCACUAACAGUGAAUUCAUGGCUUAUUAUUUCUACGAACAGAUGAGAAGUGCUGACGAUUUGAUGCGGGUCGCUAGAAAGUUCAUGGAGUACCAGAACAAACGUGGUGGCCGUGUUAUAUUGAGCGACAUUUCUGCGUUUCCAAGACGGGACAGCUGGACACCACUGGAGGCCAUAGCAAAGUCUAUAUGGGUUGAGCAACUUGUCAAUCAAAACCUACUGAAACAGAACGCAUUGGCCGAGAGUAUCAAGGAUUCUCAUUUUAGCAACUUUUUGUCCAACUUUAUAAAUGAAGAGGUUAUCGUUCUUAAGGAGUUGGCUGAUCACAUGACCCAAUUGCAACGAGCUGGCCCAGGAAUUGGCGAAUAU